UCUUUUUAAUUAUAGUUCAUCCAUUUUGUAAUUUCCGUCUCCCUCCCUAUCAAAAUACCUCUCCAACUUCUCUCUUUUCUCUGAAAACCCUAAUCUCCAUGGGAGAAUCUGUCCCUCCUCGUCGCAUUUCCGUUCAUCAAGCUCUCGGCGGUGGCCCUGUUGCUGAUGUGCUGCUAUGGAAGAAAUGGAGUGGAGGAGUUUUAUUGCUAACCUCUACAGCAGCCUCGUGGUUCCUAUUUGAGCGAGCUGGUUACAACCUCUUGUCCUUUGUGGCCAAUGUUCUACUGCUUCUUGUGGUCAUCCUCUUCCUAUGGGCCAAAUCUGCUUCCCUUCUUAACAGACCUUUGCCGCCUCUCCCGGAUAUGGAAAUCUCUGAGGCCUCUGUCGUGAAGGCUGCUGAUGCACUGCAUGCUUGGAUUAAUCGUGUUCUGUCUAUUGCACGAGACAUUGCUAUUGGCCGAAAUUGGAAACUCUUUCUUCAGGUUGCUUUUUGCUUGUGGCUAGUAUCUUACAUCGGAAGCUUCUUCAACUUCCUCACUCUUGUCUACAUUGGGGUUGUUCUUAGUCUUUCAGUGCCAGUAGUGUAUGAUAAGUAUCAGGGCCACAUUGAUGAGAAGCUUCUUGUAGCAAAUAGAGUAAUACAAACACAGUACAGGAAAAUUGAUGAUAGCAUCUUAAAGAAAAUUCCUUUGCGAUCAAACAAGGAGAAGAAGGUGCAGUAGGUAUAAGUUUUUUUUGGAGUUUUUCGUCUUUUGCGCAUCAGUCAAACCAUCAGAUUCUGGGGAUGUUAGCCGUGCUUGGUUUUACUAGUUGCUUCUGAUAUACUGAAACACAUCAAUAUAUGGUGCAGGGUAUCACGGAGCUCAGAAAAGUGUGAUGACAGCCUUAAAGACGGUUUACAACGUAUGAAGUAUUACUUCGGUUAUCUUUUUGUUGGCAUGCUGCUAUACAUAUUAACAGCCAGACGGCAUGGUUGACAACAUUUGGGUGGAUCCAAUUAGUGUCUACAUUUGAGUUUCAGCGUUACAUUGUUUUUGGCUCUGGUGCUUAUAAUCUUGUUAGGUUUUUGGUCAAUAGUUAUUGGAUUAUUGGAUCUUGGUGGUUGAUCUUUACUUGUUAUAUGGGGUGAAAGAGAGAGAAUUUCAUCAUUUUAAUCAUAUCGAUUGUUUUGGUUUGCAAUCUUUUA